AUGUCCACCUUCGGUAGCCUUUUCCGUGUUACGACUUACGGAGAGUCACAUUGCGCCUCCGUCGGAGCUAUCAUCGACGGCUGUCCUCCGGGCUUGCCCUUGACCGAACAAGACGUGCAAGUGCAGCUGAGCCGCAGACGUCCAGGGCAGAGCAACCUCACCACCCCCAAUGGCACCACGCAGAGAGACGAGAAGGAUCUCGUCCACCUCCAGUCCGGAAUCGAGCAUGGGGUCACGCUCGGCACGCCCAUUGGCCUGCUCGUCCGGAACGAGGACCAGCGCCCGAAGGACUACUCCGAGACCGAUCUCUACCCGCGUCCGAGUCAUGCGGACUGGACGUAUCUUGAGAAGUAUGGCGUGAAAGCGAGCAGUGGGGGAGGGCGGAGCAGUGCGCGUGAGACGAUCGGCAGAGUUGCCGCUGGCGCGAUCGCGGAAAAGUACCUUAAGCUCGCGUACGGCAUCGAGAUCGUCGCGUUCGUGUCGUCUGUAGGCAAGGUCCAGCUUCCCUCUGCAAUCUCGCCACCUUCCCAGGUCCCCGCAGAAGAUGAGGACACGGUGGAAGAUGCGCUGAGCCCCGAGUUUGUCGAACUUCUCAACACCGUCACUCGUGAGCAGGUCGACGCGCAAAUGACCCGCUGUCCACACGCAGAGACGUCCGAACGCAUGGUCAAGCGCAUCCUCCGUGCCAAGGAAGCCAACGACUCCAUCGGCGGCACCGUCACCUGCGUGAUCCGCAACGUCCCCUCCGGCAUCGGCGAGCCCGUCUUCGACAAGCUCGAGGCCAAGCUCGCACACGCCAUGCUCUCCAUCCCCGCCACUAAGGCGUUCGAGAUCGGCUCAGGCUUCCGCGGCACGCAGGUGCCCGGCUCGAAGCACAACGACGCGUUCGUGCAGCGCCCCGAUGGGCGCAUGGGCACCCGCACGAACUGGAGCGGGGGCGUCCAGGGCGGGAUCAGCAACGGGGAGGACGUCUACUUCCGGAUCGGGUUCAAGAGCCCCGCGACGAUCUCGCAGGAGCAGGAGACGGCGCAGUACGACGGCACCCCGGGGACGCUCGCCGCGAGGGGGAGGCACGACCCGUGCGUCGUGCCCCGCGCGGUGCCCAUCGUGGAGGCGAUGGCGGCGCUGGUGAUCAUGGACCAGGUAUUGAUCCAGAAUGCGAGGAAGACGGCGAGCGCGCUCCUUCCGCCUAUCACGACGCUGCCACCGACUAUGGUUAAGAACGUCAAGCCGGCGGCGAGCGAGGAGCAGAAGCAAUGA